AUGAGGGAUGAGUUGAAAACAGAGAGGGAGCAGCUGGAAGGCAGCUCAAAAAAAAAGCAGGAGCUGGAAGAGGAGUUGGCCGCUGAAAGGGAUGCCUUGUCACACGAAGAAGACGCGAUCAAACGCGUGAGUUAAGUCACUUUUCCAGAUGAAGUCGAUCCAUCUCAGGAAGCAUCCUGGUUGCUUGUAGUUCUUUCCAGAUAUUGAUAUAAGACGAUACCCAUAGAGAUUUAUUCUGAGAUAUCCACUAGUCCACUAGUCCACUUCCAUUUUUAGGAUGAGAUUUCAGUAUAACCAGUAUGCUUGAACGAGGAUGGCGCUGGACAGCUAUGCUGGGAAUCUCCAAUUGUAGGACGAGAUCGAAGAGCACCAGGCCGCAAGUAAGAGAGAGGAGGACGCAGCAAGCACGGCACAGGCGAGGGGGGUGGCUGCCACUGAGGCAGAAGUUAUGCAUUCAUCUUGGUUUAUACUGUAGUGAUUAUCACAUCUCCACUGGUGGGUAAAAUUAUUCACCAAUAUGUCGUGUUCUCAUAGGUUAGGUUGAUCAUUAGUUCUUAGGCUUCUAGUUGGCAUCCGCCAAGAUCUAGUAGCCCAUGCUGGCGUUGUUAGGUACUUCGCUUACACCGUCCGAUCAAUCUCUGUCGGUUCAUUCUUAAAAGGGAGUUUUGGGUGUUGGACUUGAGUAAAAGAAGGGGGGAAGAAGUGACUCGAUGUGCUCAAAUAGAUUCUAAAAAACAAACUUUGACGAACGAAAUCAUUGAUGAACUGAGACGCAGAUCGACUGGAUUGGAAAAUGAAGUGGCGCAGGAACGCCAGCGGCACCAACAGCAGGAGGACAGGUUGGCAGGUGAAAGGACAGAAGCAGAGGCCCUGGAGAACAGACUUCUGGGCCUCAGGACCCAAAGGGAUGGGGAGCAGCGUUUGCUCACGCAGGAGCGGGAGUACGCAGAGGCUGAGCUUGCUCACAGCAAGGCCACUGCAGAGACUUACGGCUCAUUUUGACAGAGAUUGGAGAUGAAAGCUAAGUUUCUAGAACGAUGAUUAACCUCUAUCUUUUUACAUUUAGUUGCUUGCGCAUCACGACACGGCGAUUCUACCACAUCAUGCUGGACUUGCUCGUGAUCAACAAUCACUUACAUCUGGUUACAACAUCAUAACUAUAUCUUUUUACAUUUCGUUGCUUGUGCAUUCAAAAUUCUUUCCCACGGCAAGAACAAGAUAAUUAUAUCGCAGGCAAGAACGAGAUAAUUAUAUCGCGGCAAAAACAAGAUAAUUAUAACUACCUGAAACAGGCUGCAGAUGCUUCGGGGACAUGAUGGAAGUCCAGUUACAAACUUACUCCAUAGAAAUACUGACUUUGAAAAGUCCUAGGUAAACCUCACUAUAUCGCAGGAGAGGAUCAGUGUUCUGCAAAUAGUGUCAGAUUCAUCAAAAAAGGACUGGCCAAGAAAGAUAAACUUGUAUUAUCACAAAUAUCGUGUUAUUAAGCGCUAACAAAGGUUGCGUAAUGAGCUUCAAGGUGAAUGGGAAGACGAGCGAGAACUUCAACACCAGUCUCAGACAGAACAGGCUGCAAAGGAAGAUACGCAGACUCAGCUCACAAGGCUGAACGAGGAGGAAACGACUCUGAAAGAGCAAAUAGAUGCGGUCAAGAAAGCGCACGCAAGGGAGAUCGAGCUAAGAUUGAAAACCUUUCUCCCACCACAAUACACAGAUUCCAUUCGCCUAUUUACGACUAUGUGUUGUGGAAUUCUUCAUGACUUUUUGGCAGAUGUAGUUGUAGAACUUGUAGUCUCUACUUCAAAGAUUUCUUCGACGUUCUUACAAUUUGUCUUACUUCCUCGUCUGCUUACUCCCUCGUCUUACUCUCUUGUCGAUCAUACUUUCUCUUUCUUACAAAAUACGACUAGUUUCUUAUCGACAAAAACGACGGCCUCAUCCUCUAACGAAGGAGAUCAGGGACCAGGAUGCGCAAUUGGAAAGAGAGAUUGGUGUAGUGGAGUCUGCCAAGAUGCCACUGAGAGUUGCGGAGGAGCAAGAGUUGGAAGCACUCCGACAACAAGAGGGUCAAGAGGCCGAGGUAGAAGAACGUAUAAGAUUAUGGCUUCGUUUUUUCAUUAAUAAACAAGGUAAAUCGAACCACCUGCUUGCUGUGACAAUUCAAGUCACUUCCAAUGAGCAGGCCUUUGCAAUGUACUACUAGAGAACCUCCAAGUGACGGGACCGCCUCACCCUUUCGCAUGCAAGUCUAUUAGGACAGAUGAUAGUGAAAAAUGUUUACCACUAAUAAGAGAAAUACAGGAAAAGAUCUCAGCAGCGAGAGUUGAGGAGGCGAAUCUCGAAGCAGAGCGUGAAGAUCGAUUGACAAGUGAGCUCCACCAGCAGCAGCUCUCGAGAUUGCGUGAGCGUCUCGCGGAUCUGAAACGAGAGACAGAAGUGCUGAAGAACCAACGCGACUUCGAAAUAGAGGAGUUCGAGACUGAGGAGGGCAGCGUGCAAGAACUGAAGCUCAGAGAAGAGGCCUUGCAAAAUGAAAAUACGGAGCUGCGCACGGGCCUAGCCACUCUGAGGGAGGGUCUGGCCAGGGAAAAGCACAAUCGAGAACAAGCAAACAAUGAGUUGCCAGAAGAACUUAGUAUUUUACACGAUCAGGCCAGGGCAAACAGAGUCGCGACGUUGGAAAGCGAAACAGAGCAUUAUCAUACAACGGAGAUCCCUGCGGAAAAAGGGGCUGCGAGUGUCUCGGAGGCGCAUGCAACGCGAUUGCAAGCAGAGGAAGUAGCGCUUCGCGAUGAAAAAAUCACAGAGGACACCGCACGAAACGAACAAAUUGUUAAGUCCAAGUUCUUCUAGAUGUUGCCAUCCCACUACACGACCUAUACUGAAGUACUUCAAGACUGAACAACAACUUCAAGACAAGCUCUUCAUUCAACUUCAAGACAAGCUAUUCAUUAUUGUUCUGCUACCAAAAGUUCACAGCGUUUUAUUUACGAAAAAAUAUACAACAUCUCUCUGCAGCCCUUCUAAUGUUCCCGGGCAGAGGACAAAACUAGAGGAGGAACGUAGAGAGAACACCGAGCUGCAGAACCAGAGGGAACAGGCGGAGGCAGACCGUAAUCGCGCUGAGUUGGAUCUUGUGCGGAGUAAAGCUACUCGCGAGGCCGAACUCGAGCUGGAGCUCGUGCACGCCGGCCAGAGGAGCGAUAGAGCAAAUGGUGAGCUCGUUAUGGAGAGAGAAAAAGAAAACCGGCUGAUCGGGAGUCGAGCGGUCGCGACCGAUGAAGUAACACCAGCGGUCGGGGCCAUUGGAGCAGCAGAAGUAACAGCAGCGGACGCUGCCAGGAGCCGUGGUUUACCUGAUGACGAUGCGAUUGUUAAGCAGCUUCAAGAUGAAAUCUCAAGUCAACAAAACCAGGCUGCAGAGGUACAACGGGAAACCACAACGAGCGAGGAAGAAAUUUCGCAGGAAGAGAGAUUGGAACGAGCUCUGGAGGAUGAUUGAGGCCUGGCUCUACUCAUGCGUACAAAAGGAGUCAAAGCUCUCAAAUAAGUAAAUCAUGUUUCACGAAAAACGCGUAGUUCGCGUGUUCUUUCGCCAUGAUGAAGCAAGCAUUUGCAUUACCUUUUUUUUGAAUUCAAUCACUUUCACGCACUCUAAGGAAAGCAGCGAUUGCGGAUCGAACUGUUGGAGGAGCUUGAGCUCGAACGGGAAAAACUUAAGAGUAGAUGAACAAUUAUCCCUGUGUAAGAAACCAUAACGACGACCCCUGAGGUUCCGGCUAGCAAGUCAGGAUCUAUUCUCUUUCUAUCCUAAAUGUAGCCAUCCAUCUAUCUACCUUCGCCGCUGCUACGUCCCUCCUCUUCUAAGUAGAAAACCGAAUCCCAAAACGAGAAUGGUAAAGCCUUGAGUCAGGAAGCUACAAACGACGAAAUUAGACAGGGAAACUCUGAACUGGAAACUGAGAUUCAAGCGACAAGCCGGCAACUGGAACUAUGGCCAUCUUGAAUCGUGAUCCCCUUUUUCUUCAUCUUACAGAGAGAAUAUUUAUUUUAUACCAUUUUUGCUACUGUACAGUUGGUAAGUGUACAAUGGGUAGUACAACGUGAUCAUACUUUAAGCAAAUGAUAACCUAUUACUGCCUGUAGUUCUUGGCUCUUAUGUCCUGCUUACCAGUUAUUUUAUACCAUUUAGUAGAAUCUACUAGAUGGUGCUAGGCUGACUCGGGGAGGGUCUUCUUUGGUACUUACUAGGAAUUUUAUAGUGCAGAUCUUCGUAAUUUGGUCUUCCCUUCCAGGAAGGUUGAAAGAAUAAGAAUACUCACUCUCAAGAGCCCUCUAACGUUGGAGGAAAUAGAGGCAGGCCGAGGUGAGAUUCCUGGUAGUGUGGACCUGAACGCCCUGGUAGACAAGGAUCCGGUCAUACUAGAGGCAAAAAUAUUACGCUUCCUUGAUUCCUCUUCUCAGUCGGACUUAGUCCUGUAGAGAAACUGAAGGCAGCGGUUGUCAACUUGUUUGAGCAUUAGCAGGAUUUUCCUUGUCCUUGGAAGGAGUCAAGGGGAACGAUGUGAGGGGAAAAAGUGAGAAUUCACUUUUGCUCAAGUAGGGUCCUCCCACCCUCAAGUCAACUACACUUAUCAAGGUCGUGGGUUCUCAUAUGCAUGAGUCCGUACUCAGUCCAGAGGCUGUUAGGAAGCACAGAGAAUAUCGUCAACAUCCAAGAAGCGCUAAUAAAAGACACAUUGAAAACGAACAUCGAAGGUGCGGAGGGAGCUCAGGGCAGGAAUUUCGGUACGCGAAGGAGUGAUUGGGUGAGUGCUCUCGAAACACGCAUACGGAACGCCAAUACACGGAAGCAAGGGUUCGAGCAACAAGCUUAAGAUGUAGUGGUCGUAGUGCUCUAUUUUAGGCUGUUUUCUUCGACAUGAUCAUAGUGCUUUAGGCUGUUGUUCUCGACGUAACCUUUGGUCCGUUUCUUCGACCGUGUGUUACAAUAAGUCGAAGCUUUUGAAUAUUUAGGCCUUCCUCUCUAUACUCUACGACUACCUAAUCUACAUCUUAGUAAUUGCUGUGGUUUAUUGCCUCCUUUCUUGGCGUUGGCUUGACAGUCCCUUCGCUUUGCAUCUUCCUGGUGUACUAACACCGACCUCUACUAAUCAUGCUCCUUUUUCAAAUUAUUGCACUGUAUUUCUUGCGCCCAUACGAGGAGCGUGGAACUUACUACUCAAGACUUGACUCCUUCGAUGCUCUAAAAGAGGCGAGAUGCCAACACUCGUAAGGAUGAGGAGACGACCUUGAGAGACAGCGAGAAGGCGGCGAAGGCGAGGCUAUCAGAGGAGGUGACUUCAGAAAACUCUGAGAUCACCCAAUUGGAAACUUUAUGACCUGUACUUUGUUUUGGUGGAGAGAGAGAAGGUAUUCGUAGUGUAUGGUUCUGGUGUUUGGUAACCUGAAUUUGAUCCUAAGGGUUCUCUUCUUGUUUUCCCUUAUGAUCCAACUCAGGCUAUACCAAAAAUACCGGAACCAUUCACGUAGUUGUGCAAAACAUGAUAGGAAGCGUUCGAGUGUAAAGUAACUCAUUUGAUUAAGAAGGAUAUGAAGACUAUUACUUCCACUAUCGUCUAGAAACUCCAACAUUGAUUAUAGGUGGAAAAAGUAUGAUGUGCGUUUCUCGUUAGUACUGAAAAAUAGAAGAAGUACCUGUAAGAAAGAGUAACUUCUAAGGAGUUAGUGCGAGGACUCCCUUCUUCUGUUGUAUCCCAGACAUUCGAGUUUUUUGGAUGUUGAAGGGAGCCGCACUAACUCCUUAGUUAUACUCUUUCUUAGGUACUUCUUCUAUUUUUUAGUACUAAUGUCUGAGAUACAACAGGAGAAGGACAAAGCCGAGACCGCUCAACGGGAAUUAGCAGAGCUCCCGGACAACAAGAACAGGGAGAUUGAGGCGAUACGACGGGGCCUUCUUCCUGACGAUCCAGCCUUGCAAGAGAAUAUUAAGGCUUACAAUCUUUCAUCUUAAGAAGCAUCUCUGGGCCCUUUUUUCAGGGGAAAGCACGCUUUUGCUUCAAGAUACUUUUCAAGAUGAGGCUCUAAGAAUAUUGACAACGCAAAACGCGAAAAAUGGGAGGCUGAGCAGAAGGAGACGGGCGCAAAGGAUAAUUAUGUUGGAAUGUAGUGUAGAACUAGAAGAUACAUGUGCUGGCUACGCCGAAUUACAAUGAUAUGCUUGUCAUCAAGUAGAUCAACAACUACUCAUCUUUUAAAAUUAUGUACUUGUCAUCAAGAUCAAGUCAUCUAUUUUUGUUUGUUGUAAAAGGAAUAUAUGUACUGUAUGGUCUUCCUGGGUCCAUCUCAUUAUUUUGCAUCCACCUCUUGAAGAGCAGGAAAAUAUCCAUGUUUUCUAAACAAGGAAAACCAGCGAGGAAGCCGCAGAAGCGCAGCACGAGCAAAAUGCAAAAGAUGCAGAAGAGGAAACUCAGAGGCUGAAUGUUACGGUGAUUCAAAGAUGCAGAAAUUUAGAUUUUACAUCAAGAAUGUAAGCACUUUGUUCUAUCAGUAGUAGGUUAUUGUUCCGUAUCCAUCUACGCACUAUACUUCCAUAACCGUAGACUGACAUGUUUAGCACACACAUGACAUGACAUGAUAAUUCCGUUACCGAUUCUCUAUCGUGCUUGAUGAUAGUCUUCCCGUUACCGGUUCUAAGUUUCCAGCAAAAACGGUAGCGGACGAAACGGCAGACGCGGCACGGACUGCAGAAACAGCAGCAAAUGAAAGGAAGGCCAAAGCAGACGGGGAGAAAGAUGAUGCAGAUGUUAAGGAUUGGCUAGUCUAAUGUGUCGAGAAGUACAGUUCGUUUGCUAGGAGUACUCAACAAACAAGGCAUUUUCAUGAAAAUGAAACUUGUUGUUGUAAUAUAAGUAAACAUGUUACUCUAGUACUAUGUAUUGAAUCGAUUCUAAGAACUCUUCAUGAAAGAACUUCUUGUUUCUCUAAGAAAUCCAAAUCUGCAGAAAGCGAAACAGCGUUGAAGGAAUUUCAACGGCAAAUAGCAGCUGCCGAAGAGGAGAUAGAGAGGGCGAAGACUGAGACUGAAGAGCACAACGCAGAGGCAGAGGUUGCAAAUGCACAGAAGGAGAAGGCGAAUACAGUUAAGAAAACAAGUACUUCCGAAUCGACUAAGCUCGUUGAUGAUCAAGAAACGAAGUAAAUACUUAUUUUACUUAUCAUUAGUUGAUAUGAUAGCUUCCUGCUUAUCAUAACUUCCUUCCUGAUGAUAUAGGGUUAGGGUACCUUCUUAACGAAGACGCCGCUCACCCUAUCUUCUAUGUAGUACUUUUUGGUUGCAGCUUGUAUCUUCGUCUAACGUGGAGAAGACCGAAGCAGACACCGCACGUGGUGCUCUAGAGGACGAAGAUAAGAAAGUAGGCGAAGAAGUAACAGAGGUUGCGCAACAAAAAACGGGUGUUGAGGAGAGCACGAAGACUUAGGGCAAACGAUGACGUAUACAGUUAGAACGGUAGAUCUUCAAGCACUGGAGCCGUUUCAUGUCGAGGACGCUUCGUGUGAUAUAAGUAGAUCAAUUACUUCUAGAGAGGUCUUAUCUCCGACUCCGUUCUGGCACUUAUUUUACGCUUAAAACGUUACCAAAGCUCAUGCCAUGAUCGAUGGAGAUGGGCGCGAGCUCCUUUCUAAUCCAAUACCCAAGCAGCAGCCUCAGAAGCAAACCAAGGUGCAGAGAAGGCGAUAGAAAUGACUCAGGCUGUUGCACGAGAAGAUGAGAAAGCUGGAGAAGCCCAUCAAGAAUUUGUCAGGCAAGCCUACCAGCAAAUUGAGACGAAUCAAGAGGCUGUUAAGCUAUGACUGAAUUCUCUUUGACAAGUGUACAUGUCAACGCUUAGUGCUGCUGGCUUAGUGGUUUAGGCGUUGGCCUGUACGCUUAUCAAUCACACUACCGGGGUUGGCUCGGCCGCCUUUGUUGCGGUCUCUGUCGCUAGGUGCCCCCUGCCGUGGCUAGGUGGGUCACCGCCAUGCGUGCGGCCGGUAUCACUAGGCUGCCAGGCUCCUAUACGUCUGCGCCAUUCUCGCGAUCUCAGCGGCCAGCCCCCCCUCGUUUGGUGGGGGCGGUUGAAUUUGCCGAUUUCGGGCUCGUCGGUGGCUGCGUCUUGCACUUGGCUCAUUCUGUGGCGCGUGUGUGCACUGGGGCGCGCUCAAUCAGACGCCUCUGACCCUUUGGCCUCGGCACGUGUCUGACUCUGUCACUUUUUUGAUAUUACCGGGGCUCGAACGCUAGGUAGUUUGAUUGAUAAGCCUACAGGCCAACGCGUAAACCACUAAGCCCACUACAGCUGGCUUAGUGGUUUUGGCGUUGGCGUGUACACUUAUCUAUCACUCUUUUUACUGUCUGGCUUUUCUUUUUUACUUGGUAGUCGAGAUUUUCUUUUUACUGUUUCGGGGGAAAGAAUUUUUAAGAUAUAUCGAAAGCAUAGUAUUCAGAGGCUGAUAAGGUAGGUGGGAAAGCAACUUUUUAACUUCUCAACAGGCUCCUGAAGGGAAAACAUGCUCUGAUAAGGUAUGUUUUGAAGGGAAAGAAGAACUCUUGUUUGAGAGUUAAGUAACUGAAUAAACAAGAAUCGAGACGAGCGUCAAAGGGUUCCUUCUAAGACACGAAGCAGCAACAGCAGUGGAGGAAAGACAGCAAGAUCUGCGAUCUGCGAUAGGGCAACGGUCCGAUUUGUCAGUCGAUCUCCAGGUUGAAAAAGAGGAAACGAAAGAUUUGUUAUGAAUGAGUCACUUCUUCAUGUUGAAGGAGAAUUCAAUGAAUUCACUGUAGGCUCCUGUCUUCUUGGUUGCACCGACUCCUAGCCCUCAAUCCUAUCCACCUGUAUGAUAAAUAUGAAUCAGAAUUUCAUGUAAGAGAAUCGACAAUCUCCUCGUUCUGGUUCUAAUCUUAGAAAGAAAGGCAAAAGCAUUGCAAUUGUUGAAAGGGCAGAAGGAGGUUAGUGGCGGUUGCCGAGAAUGCGCGGGAGACGCGACUAGACUGGAUAGCUGUGGCUGCGAGGUGCAGACUUUAGAUGAAAAGCGAGCACUGGUGGACGAUGGCAACGACGUGGAGAAAACAAAGUCGAAGAGCCGUAGUGCGGGAAAGAAGCGAACACAUAUGAUCCCCAGGAAUUAGUGGUUUACUUGAGGUCUUGUUUAGAAGAAUUUUUCAAUAAUGCUUAACCUUAAGAUUUAUUCACAGGCCACGUAGAUCAUGUACUGCUACUGGUAGUGGUACAACCUCCUCCAUUUUUUUUCCACUGCUGUGAUUAAUAGACACACUGCUGAGCAAAAGUUUGUUGUCAUCAGUUGCGAUCUCUGCAGGGUUAGUUAAUCUAGCGAUCUCUUUGGGUACCAACUAAAAGAUCUCAUCGCACAACAUAGGUGCCGCAUCGGCAUAUAUGUAUCAGGGAGGGAGGCCCCCCCCGUGGAUGGAGCUGCGGGGGCGUCGGCGCGACCUUUUUUCCGCGGUGGUGACGUGUAAGGGGUUCCGGGGGCGAAGGCCUCAAAAGGCGGAGCCGGGGCCCCAUUGCGGCUCCCCGCGUGUACCCCACAGGCGUCCCGGCUCUUGACCCCUAUCAGGGGAGCGGCCUCUGAGGGCAGGAGGCCGCCGAAGGUAGCCACGGUCGCGGGGCCUGGCCCCGUUGGCCCUCACCCCUCCAAUUCGUGGCAGCUUCAUCCAUCACCAAACGCCCGGGGGGUUGAGGACCAAAGGCGAGGAGGAGGGGGGGCAAGGCGUGCCCACCUGGGUUUGGUCGGAUACAUGCAGCACGGCGAAAGGGGUCAAGCCGUGCCACCUGCUGCCCUCGGAGGCCUUCCACCCCUGGCUGCCGGGGCUUGAACGGCCUCAGGGGUUUGGGUUCUGUAGGGUACAAGCAAGAAGCCGCGAGGGCGCGAAGGUAGGGGCCUGGAGGCCUUCUUGCCUGGCAUUCCCUCGAGAAAAAGGGUCGGGGGCUGGAGGCUCCUCCCUUAAAAAUUCAGCCUUGAGCCUUGGCACAGGUAUAGAAAAUUGGACACUUGCCCAGUAGAUCUCAAGAUCUGCAAGCAAAAGCAUCUAACAACAGAAUCAGAAACGUGAAGGCCCCAGGGGAAAAAGGCGGGAACUCGUUUAUUGAGAACGAAUCUUUUCUUGAGAAUAACGAAGACGGGACUGUUCUCGAGGCUUAUGAUCAAUGUUAAGGAGGGGGGGAUAACGAUAAGGUAAUCCAUUCUUGAGCACGACCACCUCUUGUAACGAGCACUUCCCAUGUUGAUUCGACUUUGAGUUCUCGUUCUAGUUAUAAAUAUCGCUAGAACUAGUAGAAAGAUGAGUAGUAACUAGAACUAGUAGAAAGAUGAGUAGUACUACUCCCGCUUCUGGUUGUAUGUUCCACAACCACAUCUGGUUUUACCUUUCUCUAGUUCCUUCUAGAUUCGGUUUCACCUCCCUGCCUCUCCACUUCUAACCCCAGGACGACGAAAUUGACGGUUUUGCAGCUGCCGCUGACGAGAAUUUACCCUACGAGGAUUUUUUCGUGAUGUGGACAAUUUCACCUGAUUUCACACGUUUGGCAUUCCUCUCAUCUUAUGAAGAUCAUCUUACUGUGUUCUUGUUGUACAUUAUAUAAUUACACGUUUUUCUCCCGUGGUUGGUUUUGUUUGGAGAGUUGCCAUCUUCCAUGUCGCCCUUUUCAAUUCCAGAGAAUCAUACAGAUGGACCAUUCUCCAUUUUUUUUUUCCACAGCAUCAAGCAAGAGAAAAACCUCCAACAUCGAUCCUUGUUCAUACUCUCCCGUCGAUUCUUUCGAACUCGUUCGACGUUGUUAUCCUUGCUCUAGUGCUGAUUCCCCUGGUUGCAGUUCCUCUGAGGUGUCACUGGGUCGAGCUGCGACAGAGGAAAUUGCUGCAGUUCGCGGCAAGGCGUGUCUUCAGUGCCGCAAUCCAUCUGGAGCAAGAACAAGUGCUGCAUUAUGGAGGGAGACUAGAGAUUGAUGCGUCUUCUCCAUCCUAGGUCAGUCCCUCCAAGUAACGUGUGAUCUUCUAGUGUAGAAUUGCUGGCCGCGACCUUCUGUUUGAAAUAGGCUCUCUUUUCACUAAACUACCUUUACCUGUUCCAUCUAAUAUAUAAUAAUUACUGAUAGAUGUUACUCUUUUGAGAAGAUAUUCAGUGUUUUGGUCUUCCAUGGUCCACCUCGUUAUUAGAUGGCCAUCUUCUGACGGUCUGCUCUGGGCUACUCCGACUGAGUGAGCGGAUGUUGACCUUCAAAAAAAAAUUAUUAAAAGUAGGAGCAGGGGCUCUUGAGGCUUUUUAAUGAGAUAAAUAGUGGAUGAAGAUGGAGAUGGAGUAAAGUAGUAAUUAGAUUACAUGCGGACAAUUGCUGAGUCAUGAGAUUUUUCUUCUAAUCACACCUUGCUGCAGCCAAACAAGGCGAGACAAAGGCAGACUCUUCUAGUAGUACUCCUGAGGGGUUGGAACAAAAAGAAGAUGCCGAUGUCAGCAAAAAGGAAGGUGCAUCAUCCGACAAAGCAGAAUGUGCAUCUGCAUGUUCACCACGAAAAACUAGUACUAGUAGUGAUUUAGUAUUCCCCCUACAACCACCUGGUAACUUUACUAGUGGUGGUUCAGCUUUCUCUUCCGCCAGUGCCUCAUCGUCGUUCACUGGCGGUGAUGAAAAAUGUCUCCCUAGUGACACAUCCAGUGCCAUGCUCUCGGCUGCUUUACAUUAAGAAUAUUAGCUGUGCUGCUAGUCCUACAUAUCAUGUCAAUUUGACCACAACCACAAGUAGUAGUCCUAUCAUGUCAAUUUCGCCACAAGAACCUCGCUAGUCCUAUGUCAGUUUGACCACGACAACCACAAGUAGUCAUUAUUAAGCAGGAUAGGGAUACUAAAUGCCAAACGGUACUAAAUAGAGAGUACUAGAACUACAGUAGUUCUUGGUACCAGUUCGUUGUACUUAUGUAAAAGUCCCACUUCGCAAUCUUCUGAUACUCUAAGAAGGAUCUAUCCUGGACAGAUUUUUCCCGGAGCAAGGUGGCUGUAUCGAGUUGCUAGAGGGGCGGGCUGCCUUACUCUUCUAUUAUUUGCAGUUGAUGGACAUGGACGAGAGCAACAGAUGGUCGGGAGACGAUGAAGAGAGUCUAACUUCAACUAGGCUGAGAAAGCGCGAUUCCGAUCGAUUGCUUUUGGAACUGUUGCAGCCUGAGCAAGGCAAAACCGAUUUCUUGUAUGGACAAAGCCACGAUGAGAUUGGGGAGACUACGAAAGCAUUUUCGGAGCCAUUAUUUGCGUCAUCGGUAUAAAUCCAUUUUUAUGGCACUGAUUCUGAUUUUUUUAUGUCUUCUCUUUCUAUCUUUCGUCUUCAACAUCCUUCUAGGUCCAAGAAAUGAUAUCUUCUCUUUCUAUCUUUCGUCUUCAACAUCCUUCUAGGUCCAAGAAGUGAUGUCCACCGCAAAAACAUUCACAGUGUCUCCGCAAGCUCUCGACUUUCGGAGAAUGGGCAACUCGCGGACCUUGGCUUUCGACAGAUGAUGCCGAUUCAAUGGGUGGCGGUGCAGGUUCGUCCUUAGCAUGCAGGACGCCACAUGAGCUGCCUACCUUGGAAGAGGAUUAAAUUGAAAGGGAGAAGGCGAUAGUCUUACAAGUUUAUCAGAAGUUUCAGUGUAUCUAUUUCAAUUCCUUGAACAUUUUGUUAUCUUUAUCUUAUCUGUUUCGUUAUUAUUUUUUGUCAUUUCAUUUGCAUCGUCGUAUUUCCGGAUUUUGGUUAAAUUUGCUGUUAGAGAAAUGUGUACUUUACUUUUGUUUACUAACUAGAAGCUAGUCAGUGUGUCAGUUUGGUAUGUAACUUCAGUAGUUCUUGGUUUCGCGACGUUGUGGCCACGAACACGCACACUCUCGGCGGAGACGUCAAAUCACCGUAAAAUUUAUUUGCAAACUCAAGACAAGAAAAACUAAUCACCCAGUAAAGCCGAAAAAAGAGCAAAAUAGCACUGUUGUAGGUUUUCAAAAUUUUCACUAUCGGUAACAAUUGAUUCCUGUUAGCUUGCUACUAAAAGAGAUUUUUUUUUUUGAUAUUUUCAAAGGUAACAAACUAACAACCGCGUCGGUUCUUGAAGCCCAACAUUGAUGUAAGACUCACUUAUAACACACACACUCCAGGCAGCACUUUGUUUAGUAUUUAGCGGCACCUCCGAUUUUUCAAUUCCCACUAGUAGUAUCAGACAAUAAAGACCAAAGGACACGACAUCGACAAUCAAGUAACUAUAAAUAAUUAAGGUAAAAACUAAGUAAGUAGAACAUCAACCUUUUUUUGAAAUUAUAUAGAUACUCCUUUUUGUCCAGGGGGGCCUACAACUAUGUAGAGAAAGAGGCGUCACCACUUCUGAAGAGAACGACAAUUGUCUUCGGGUUGCAAACACCAUGAAUUUUUAUGAUUUUUAUAAAGGACGGACGAUUAUAAGGUAAAAACUAAGUAAGUAGAACAUCAACCUUUUUUUGAAAUUAUUUUUCGACAAAGGUGUAGUAGGGACCAAGGGACCACUGACUUUGCUCUCAAUUGUUGCUCCAUGGAGGAGCGUGAAGAUGAAUUGUGUGGAAAGUAGUAUGGAUCAGAAUACUGAGUAUUAUGUGGAGAUGAAAAAAUCGAAGAGUAGAGCAGUUGUAACCCGCGUGUGGCAGAUGAUGGC